UGUCAAUUGAAUUUCUUUCUUGUGUUAAUCUUGCUAUGAAUUUGACUGUAUUUGUCAAAAAGCUUUAUUGGGGUCUGCAAAUUAUUUGUUUUCUCCAUUGAAUGUUUUCCACUGCGAGUUUUGGAAGCUUCAAGCUUGAAUUUUGGGAAGCUUGAGCUUUCUUUUGAGUUGUCAUGGACAUGGUCAGAUUGGUAUGCUGAGCUCCGAUAUGUUUUUCUGUUUGAGUUGAUUAAAGUGGUGCUCUGUGAUUUGCUUUGGUGGUGUGGAUUUUCAGUUCUUAAUGGGUUUUGGGAAGCAAAGUUUUGCAAAAGGAAUUGAAGCUUGAAACUCAGGAUUCAGAGACAGGAAAAAAGAGCCCAAUUUCUUCAUACUGCUUGAAACAUUCUUACUGCUUGUGGUAACAAAACCAUGCAGUUAUAUCACCACCCAUACUCAUUGGACAGCCAAAGAGUGAGACUUGCUUUGGAAGAAAAAGGCAUUGAUUACACAUCAUUCCAUGUCAAUCCUGUAACAGGCAAGAACAUGGAUGCCUCAUUCUUCAGGAGGAAUACAAACGCAAAACUCCCAGUUUUCCAGAACGGUAGCCAUGUCAUUUUCGACACAAUUGAGAUCAUUCAAUAUUUAGAAAAAAUUGCAAAAGUCUCAUCAGGCAAUGAGAACAUCCCAUUCAGCAGCAGUGAAGUCAUUGAAUGGAUGCAUAAGAUACAAAAAUGGAACCCCAAGUAUUUCACACUUUGUCACAUCCCUGAGAAGCACCGUCGUUACGUCUCUAAAUUCCUAAGGCAGGUGCUCAUUGCUCGAAUGGCAGAAACUCCUGAUUUGGCAGCUGAUUAUCACAAGAAGUUAAAAGAAGCAUAUGAGACAGAAGAAAAGUUGAAAAACCCGGAUGUUUUGAAACAGGACAAGGAACACCUAGUAAGACUUCUUGAUGAAGUUGAAACACAGCUGAAUGAAACGGCAUAUUUAGCCGGGAAAGAGUUUAGCAUGGCAGAUGUGAUGCUCAUUCCGGUGCUCGCACGGUUAGUGAUCUUGAAUUUGGAGGAUGAGUAUAUAGGUGGCCGGCCGAACAUGGCUAAAUACUGGAUCAUGGUGCAGCAGAGGCCUAGUUAUAAGAAGGUGAUUGGGAAGCAUUUCUGUGGCUGGAGGAAGCACAAAACAUUGGUGAAAACAUGGUGCAUAGUUCACAUCAGAACCAUGCUAAGGAAAUUCUGAUGAAUUAUGCAUGAUAUUCUUCCCAUGCUGUAAAUGGCUCAGUUGCAUUAGAUUGGAAAAAGAAAGAAACAAGAGAAAAGAAUAUCAAGUGUAUGUACUUCACUUUUUACAUUUUUUUUAAAUCCUUCUUCUUUGGAGGAGAUUGGGCAAUAAUUAAUACUAUAUCUGGAGAUCUGUUCUUCUCGAGUAGAAAAUACUUGAAAUAAUUAAUAGAGAAGCAUAUGUAUACUU